AUGGGCAAGGAAAAGACGCAUAUUAACAUUGUCGUCAUCGGACAUGUCGACUCCGGUAAAUCGACCACAACUGGACAUUUGAUUUACAAAUGUGGUGGUAUUGAUAAGCGUACGAUCGAGAAAUUCGAGAAGGAAGCCCAAGAAAUGGGUAAAGGUUCCUUCAAGUACGCUUGGGUACUCGACAAACUGAAGGCCGAACGUGAACGUGGUAUCACGAUUCGAUAUUGCCCUAUGGAAGUUCGAGACGGCGAAGUUCUACAUCACUAUCAUCGAUGCGCCUGGACAUCGUGA